UGCGGUUGUAAUUUGAAAGCUCAGACCGGAAGUUGUGAGGUGGCCGUGGCUGCGGGUCAGGGUUCGGGUCUUGGUGAGGCAGUAAACCCAACCGGACUGGCCCGGACGGGACCUGACCUGGUUCUGGGAGGAUGGAGAUGUUCAGCAAGCUGAGCGGCAUGCUGCUGAAUGCACUAGAGACGAGAGAGCCGACCGCCGACCUGCUGGACUCUUUCAUCGACCACUGGAGAUCCAUCACCAACUACUACAUUCAGACCACAGAUGACAGCCGCCCCGCCUCUCAGACUGACAUCCCGUGGCGUCUCAGGCAGAUGACUGAUAUCCUGGUGUAUGAGGAAAAGCAGCAGGAGGAACCGGGUCGCUGCCUGGAGUUCCUGCUGCAGAACCGGCUUCUGGAGACGCUCUGCACCUUGGGGAAGGCUCAGUACCUUCCAGGGAUGAGCCAGCAGGUGCUGCUCUUCUUCUUCAGGCUGCUCUCUCGGAUGCAGAAGCCUCUGCUGCAGCUGGUCCCCGUCCACUCACCUGUACAGAAGCUGAUUGGCCGCUGUGCUCUUCCUGGUUCCUGCACUGAGAAGGAGGAAGCUCAGUUUUUAUUGGCUGUUUGCUCCAGAGUGUCACAGGAUCCACACAUGCUCAGAUACAUCCUGCAGGCCCCAGACAGACUGGCGGUGUCCAAUCAGAGCCCAGAUGCAGCCAGCAGCCAAUCAGACGCCUCUUCCUCCAGCGCCGUCCAAUCAGAGCGUGGGCUGCUGUGGGUUCUGCUGCAGCUCAGCAGCAGCCAGAGGCCUGCAGUGCGUCUCAAGGCCUGUGAGGGGCUUCUACAGCUGGCGUCCCUCCUGGAUGUUGUUCCUCCAGGUCCUCCAGGUCCUCCAGGGGAGCUGCAGGCUGCUGCAGCCCAGCUGGGGCAGCUGCUGGCUGGGCGGCUGCAGGAGCUCUACUCCCUGCUGCCUCUGGAGGAGCUGCAGGUUGCCGAGCUCAGGAGCUGGCCCCGCCCCUCAUGGAGAUCAGAGUCUGAAGCAGAUCACAUGACCCGUUUCCUCACCUGGUUCGACUUCCUGGAUGAGCUGACGGCCGACGCUCCUCAGGCGCUGUCCCUGCAGGUGUCCCAGUGCGUCCUCCAGCAGUGGCUCAUGGAGACUCUUCAUCCUCAGCUGCUGAAUGAGUGCGAGUGGACAGUCUUGGGGUCCACCUCUGUCCUCUGCUGCGUCGUCAGACUGGCCCGGUCUCCGUCUCUGCUGGACCGGCUUCUGGAGUUCUUGCUGAGGACGCCGUCCGUGCUGCAGCCACUUCUACGUCGCUGCGACCACACCUCUGACCAGAUCAGUGUGGCGUCUCUGUCUCUGGUGGACGAACUGCUGCAGAAGCCUCACAGGGACGUCCUGGACACGCUGGUGCUCGGCUUCCUGCAGAGCCGCCGUUACCUGUCCUCACCUGCGGGGGGCGCCGAGGACCGGCAGUCCGACAGCGACAGCAACGACAACAGCCAAGACCCGGAGGACGACCCGUUCUUCUCAGACGGGUUCCCUGACGACCACUUUCCUCCUCCUCGUCUUCAUCAGCCCGCUGCUCCAGGCUCCACUGCUGACAUCAUCAACAGUUUCCUGGGCCUGGUUCCGGUCCAGGUGCGGUCGGCCCAGCUGCUGCAGGACGGAGGCUACGAGUCGUACGUUCUCGACGCGCGUUCUUUGGUGAGCCAGUGCCAGACUCUCUCUCUCCAGUGGGCGUGGCCACAGACUCCUCCUCCUACCUGCUCCUCAGGUGAGGAGGCACACUUCUUCGAGGGCCACCUGCUGAGAGUUCUGUUUGAACGUCUGGGACGCAUGUUGCAGCAGCCGUACGAGGUGAACCUGCAGCUGACGGCCGUCCUGUCCCGUCUGUGCGCCUUCAGCCACUCGCUGCUGGACGAGUACCUGCUGGACCCGUUCAUCCACCUGUCCGCCGGCAGCCACUCACUGUUCGCCGUCCUGGUCAGGGUGGUGGGAGAGCUGAUGGAGCGCAUCCAGCAGGUACCCGACCUGCCGCAGCGCCUGCUGGACACCAGGAGACACCUGCUGGGACUCCACCUGGACGCCAGACCGGAGCACCUGGCUCUGCUCCAGGGCAUCAUCGUCCUAGAGGAGUUCUGCAAGGAGCUGGCGGCCAUCGCUUUCGUCAAGAUGCCUCUGGACCGGAACCACGACCGCUUCUGCUCAGGGCCCGAAUCAGCCGGACCAGAACCGGCUAAAAGAUCUUGAUUGGACACUGAUCAGCACCUGCUCAAAAGUCCCGCCCACUCCCCCUGCAGCCAGUCGGAGCAGAGGAAUGGGACGAGAGCUCAUUGGAUGUUUUCCUCAUUUCUACUAUUGGAGCCAGCUGACCCAGUUCUGAUCAGAACUGAUCAGAACUGAUCAGUUCUGAUCAGUUCUGAUCAGAACUGAUCAGAACCUGUUUUAACAUAAUGAGUUUUACGUAUUUUAGCUUCACAAAGUUCUGCUGUUCGCCAAAGAUCAAACGAGUUUGCCUACAAAGCAAAGAGGUCCACAGAGGACUCUGUAUCUACAGCACUUCAUGCCGCUCUGAUCCUCUUAGAGAAGCAGGGGAGCUACAUCAGAAUGCUCUUUGUGGACUUCAGAUCGCCACAGGGUUGUGUGCUCAGCCCACUUCUCAACACCCUCUACACUCAUGACUGUGUCUCCAACCAGCAACAAGAUCAUAAAGUUUGCAGAUGACACGACUGUUGUUGGUUUCAUCUCAGACGGGAAGGUGGAGCUGGAGGACAGGAUGAGGUGAAGCGACUGUCAGAGUGGUGCAAAGUCAAUAACCUGCUCCUCUACAUCUCCAAAACAAAAGAGCUGGUGAUCGACUUCAGGAAGAACAAAACGGACAUCCAGCCUCUCACCAUCAGUGGGACCUGUGUGGAGAGGGUCCCAGUGUUCAAGUUUCUGGACAUGGAGUUGGAGGACAAGCUAACCUGGAGCAUCAACACCAAGGAGCUGCUGAAGAAGCACAGCAGAGACUGAACUUUCUGAGAAUCCUCCAGAAGAACUGUCUCCCCCCAGACCUGCUGCAGGCCUUCUGUCACUGCACCAUAGAGAGUGUGCUCACGUACAGUCUGUGUGUCUGGUACGGCAGCAGCACAUCCUCGGACAAGAAGGCGCUCCAGAGGGAUGUCAGGGCAGCAGAGAGAACCAUAGGCUGCCCCCUCCCCACCAUCCAUCCAUCUUCUUCGGCUUUUCCGGGGUCGGGUCGCGGGGGUAGCAGCUUCAGAAGGGAGGCUCAAACUUCCCUCUCCCCAGCCACUUCCACCAGCUCCUCCGGAGGAAUCCCAAGGCGUUCCCAGGCCAGCCGAGAGACAUAGUCCCUCCAGCGUGUCCUGGGUCUUCCCCGGGGUCUCCUCCCAGUGGGAUGUGCCCGGAACACCUCACCAGGGAGGUGUCCAGGAGGCAUCCUGACCAGAUGCUCCUCAACUGGCCCCUCUCGAUGUGAAGGAGCAGCAGCUCUACUCUGAGUCCCUCCUGGAUGACUGAGCUUCUCUCUCUAAGGGAGAGCCCAGACACCCUACGGAGAAAACCCAUUUCGGCCGCUUGUAUCCAUGAUCUCGUUCUUUUGGUCAUGACCCAAAGCUCAUGACCAUAGAUGAGGGUGGGAACGUAGAUCAACUGGUAAAUCGAGAGCUUCGCUUUUUGGCUCAGCUCUCUCUUCACCACGACGGACCGGUACAACGCCCGCUUGACGGCAGACGCUGCACCAAUCCGCCUGUCGAUCUCCCGCUUUCUUCUUCCCCCAUUCGUGAACAAGAUCCCGAGAUACUUGAACUCCUCCACUUGGGGCAGGACACCCCCCCUGACCCGGAGAAGGCACUCUACCCUUUUCCGGCUCAAGACCAUGGAAUCGGGUUUGGAGGCACUGAUCGCCAUCCCAGCCGCUUCACACUCGGCUGCAAACCGCUCCAGUGAGAGCUGCAGAUCACGACCUGAUGAAGCCAAAAGGACCACAUCAUCCGCAAAAAGCAGAGAUUUGAUCCUAAGGCCACCAAAACGGAUCCCCUCAACACCUUGGCUGGUCCAGAGAUUCUGUCCAUAAAAGUAAUGAACAGAAUCGGUGACAAAGGGCAGCCCUGGCAGAGUCCAACUCUCACCGGAAACGAGCCCGACUUACUGCCGGCAAUGUGGACCAGACUCUGACACCGGUCCUACAGGGACCUGACAGCCCGUAUCAAGGAGCCCGGUACCCCAUACUCCUGGAGAACCCCCACAGGGCUCCCCGAGGGACACGGUCGAACGCCUUCUCCAAGUCCACAAAACACAUGUAGACUGGUUGGGUGAACUCCCAGAACCCUCCAGGACCUGCUGAGGGUGUAGAGCUGGUCCAGUGUUCCACGACCAGAACCAGAACCACACUGCUGUUCCUGAAUCCGAGGUUCAACAAUCCGACAGACCCUCCUCUCCAGAACCCCCGAAUAGACCUUGCCAGGGAGGCUUAAGAGUGUGACCCCCCUGUAAUUGGAGCACACCCUCCAGCCCCCCUUUUUGAACAGGGGGACCACCACCCCGGUCUGCCAAUCCAGGGGAACUGCCCCCGAUGUCCAUGCGAUAUUGAAGAGUCGCGUUAGCCAACACAACCCUACAACAUCCAAAGCCUUGAGGAACUCCGGGCGGCUCUCAUCCCCCCCCGGGGCCCUGCCACCGAGGAGCUUUUUGACCACCUCGGCGACCUCGACCCCAGAGAUUGGAGAGCCCAACCCAGAGUCCCCAGGCUCAGCUUCCACAAUAGAAGGCAUGUUGGUGGGAUUGAGGAGGUCUUCGAAGUAUUCUGCCCACCGGCCUACAAUGUACCGAGUUGAGGUCAGCAGCACACCAUCCCCACUGUAGACAGUGUUGGUGCUGCACUGCUUCCCCCUCCUGAGACGCCGGAUGGUGGACCAGAAUCGCCUCGAAGCCGUAUGGAAGUCUUUCUCCAUGGACUCUCCAAACUCCUCCCAGACCCGAGUUUUUGCCUCAGCAACCACCUGGGUCGCAUGCCGCUUCGCCUGCCAGGACCCAUCAGCUGCUUCCGGAGUCCCACAGGCCAAAAAGGCCCGAUAGGACUCCUUCUUCAGCCUGACGGCUUCCCUCACCGAAGGUGUCCACCAACGGGUUCGAGGGUUGCCGCCGCGACAGGCACCGACAACCUUGUGUCCACAGCUCAGAUGAGCCGCCUCGACAAUGGAGCCAGGGAACACGGUCCACCUCCCCACCAUGGAACAGAUUUACACUUCCAGGCUCCACAACAAAGUUCUGGACAUUUUAAAUGACUCUUCACAGCCUGGCCAUGGUCUCUUCCAGCUGCUGCCAUCAGGCAAGAGAUACAGAGCAAUAAAAACCAGGACAAAUCACCUGAAAACAGUUUCUACCUGAUGACAAUCAUGGCACUAAAUUUAAAGACAUAAGAACUUCUGCUCUUGACAUCACUCUGUUAAAAAUGUAAACUCUGUUAAAAAUGUAAACUCUGUUAAAAAUGUAAACUCUGUUAAAAAUGUAAACUCUGUUAAAAAUGUAAACUCUGUUAAAAAUGUAAACUCUGUUAAAAAUGUAAACUCUGUUCACUCUGAUACCUCCAGGCGCUGCAACCAUCUUCUGAUGUCUAUUUAUUUCUCAUUUUGUGUUUGUUUCUUUAUCUUUUUAUGUAUGUAUAUUUAUAUUGUGUUGUGUAUGUGUAUAUAACCUGAACUUUAACUCCAGUUCAGCACGUUGUAAUCUGUUGAUGACAAUGACUAAUGAAUCUUAUUUUAUCUUC